AUGACUACUCUUGAAAGCUUAGAAACCAAAGUCAUCCUUACUCCAUCCCCAAUCCGAGGAGCGGGAGAUGGAAUGGAAACUGAGGAGCCACCUAAAUCUAUUGAAGUUACUCCUGGAAUCCAACCUAUAACACAUCACAGCCUUCAGAGUCCACGAAAGAAAGCAGUCCCAUCAGAGAGCCCAGGAGUUCUUCAGCUAGGGAAGAUUCUGACUGAAAAAGCCGUGGAAGUCGAAGCUGUAAGAAUAUUAGUUCCCAAAGCUGCUAUAACCCAUAAUAUCCCCUACAAAAAUGCAAAGAUUAAGUCUCUGGGACAGCACAAAGGAGAACUCCUUGGCCAGCCAGAGGGAGUCAUAGAACCCAGAAAAGAACUGUCUGAGGUAAAGAAUACAUUGGAAAAGCUCAAGAACUCUGAAAGGAGGUUGCUACAGGACAAAGAAGGCCUUUCAAACCAGCUCAGAGUACAGUCAGAGGUCAAUCGUGAGUUAAAAAAGCUGCUGGUGGCUUCUGUUGGUGAUGACCUUCAGUAUCACUUUGAACGUGUAGCCCGUGAGAAAAAUCAGCUUAUUUUAGAAAAUGAAGCCCUGGGUCGAAACAUCGCUCAGCUUUCCGAACAGUUAGAACGGAUGUCGAUACAGUGUGAUGUGUGGAGAAGUAAAUUCCUCGCAAGCAGGGUUAUGGCAGAUGAGUUAACCAACUCCAGAGCAGUUCUGCAGCGUCAGAACCGUGAUGCACAGAGCGCUAUACAAGAUCUCCUGAGUGAACGGGAACAGUUUCGUCAGGAAAUGAUUGCUACGCAGAAGUUGCUGGAGGAGCUCUUGGUCUCUUUGCAGUGGGGAAGGGAGCAAACUUACUACCCUAGCGGGCAACCUCACAGCACGGCAGAACUAGCAUUAACAAAUCACAAGUUGGCAAAAGCAGUAAAUUCUCAUCUUCUGGGAAAUGUUGGCACUAAUGGUCAAAAAAAGGUUCCAUCAACAGUUGAAUUCUGCAGUACUCCAGCAGAAAAAAUGGCUGAAACGGUUCUACGCAUUUUGGAUCCAGUUACAUGUACAGAAAGCUCACCUGAUAAUCCAUUUUCUGAGUCUUCACCAACCACCUUACUUGCUACAAAGAAAAAUAUUGGACGAUUUCAUCCCUAUACAAGAUAUGAAAAUAUAACUUUCAAUUGCUGCAAUCACUGCCAGGGAGAACUUAUUGCCCUUUAA